AUGGAGCUGGAAAACAUCGUGGCCAACACGGUCUUGCUGAAAGCCAGGGAAGGAGGUGGAGGAAAGCGCAAAGGGAAAAGCAAGAAGUGGAAGGAAAUCCUAAAGUUCCCUCACAUUAGCCAGUGUGAAGACCUCCGAAGGACCAUAGACCGAGAUUACUGCAGUUUAUGUGACAAACAGCCAAUCGGGAGGCUGCUUUUCCGGCAGUUCUGCGAAACCAGACCUGGGCUGGAGUCUUACAUUCAGUUCCUGGACUCAGUGGCAGAAUAUGAAGUUACUCCGGAUGAAAAACUGGGAGAAAAAGGGAAGGAAAUUAUGACCAAGUACCUCACCCCAAAGUCCCCAGUUUUCAUCACCCAAGUUGGACGGGACCUGGUCUCCCAGACGGAGGAGAAGCUCCUUCAGAAACCCUGCAAAGAACUCUUCUCGGCCUGCGUGCAGUCUGUCCACGACUACCUGAGGGGAGAACCCUUCCACGAGUACCUGGACAGCAUGUAUUUUGAUCGCUUUCUCCAGUGGAAGUGGUUGGAAAGGCAACCGGUAACCAAAAACACUUUCAGGCAGUACCGAGUACUAGGAAAAGGGGGCUUUGGGGAGGUCUGUGCCUGCCAGGUUCGGGCCACAGGUAAAAUGUACGCCUGCAAACGUUUGGAGAAGAAGAGGAUCAAAAAGAGGAAAGGGGAGUCCAUGGCCCUGAAUGAGAAGCAGAUUCUGGAGAAGGUCAACAGUCGGUUUGUGGUCAACCUGGCCUACGCCUACGAGACCAAGGAUGCACUGUGUUUGGUCCUGACCAUCAUGAAUGGUGGGGACCUGAAGUUCCACAUCUACAACAUGGGGAACCCUGGCUUCGAGGAGGAGCGCGCCCUGUUCUACGCAGCAGAGAUCCUGUGUGGUCUGGAAGACCUCCACCAUGAGAACAUUGUCUACAGAGAUUUGAAACCUGAAAAUAUCCUGUUAGACGAUUACGGCCACAUCAGGAUCUCGGACCUGGGCCUGGCCGUGAAGAUCCCCGAGGGAGACCUGAUCCGCGGCCGGGUGGGCACCGUCGGCUACAUGGCUCCAGAGGUCCUGAACAACCAGAGGUACGGCCUGAGCCCUGACUACUGGGGUCUGGGCUGCCUCAUCUACGAGAUGAUCGAGGGCCAGUCGCCCUUCCGCGGCCGCAAGGAGAAGGUGAAGAGGGAGGAGGUGGACCGCCGGGUGUUGGAGACGGAGGAGGUGUACUCACACAAGUUCUCCGAGGAGGCCAAGUCCAUCUGCAAAAUGCUGCUCACCAAAGAUGCGAAGCAGAGGCUGGGCUGCCAGGAGGAAGGGGCCGCGGAGGUCAAGAGACACCCCUUCUUCAGGAACAUGAAUUUCAAGCGCUUAGAGGCCGGGAUGUUGGAUCCCCCCUUUAUUCCAGAUCCCCGGGCCGUGUACUGCAAGGACGUGUUGGACAUCGAGCAGUUCUCCACUGUGAAGGGCGUCAACCUGGACCACACGGACGACGACUUCUACUCCAAGUUCUCCACCGGCUCCGUGCCCAUCCCAUGGCAAAGUGAGAUGAUAGAGACAGAGUGCUUUAAGGAGCUGAACGUGUUCGGACCCCACGGUACCCUCUCAGCGGACCUGAACCGAAGCCACCCUCCGGAACCGCCAAAGAAAGGGCUGCUCCAGAGGCUCUUCAAGCGUCAGCAUCAGAACAAUUCCAAGAGUUCACCCAAUUCCAAGACCAGUUUUAACCACCACAUCAAUUCAAACCACGUGAGUUCAAACUCCACUGGAAGCAGCUAG